GCGCCUGCUGCGCUUGAUGCGCCAAUGAAUUUCAAUUCUAUCUACAUACAAAAUUAUUCACAUCGCUAUAGAUGCUUUAAACCGUGGCUCGGAGACAGCAUACUGUUCAGUAACGGUGCAAAGUGGCUAAAAGAGAGAAAAGCGGUUAUAGCCACAUUUCGCAUGCAGAUCUUGAAGAAAUUCGUGCCACUGUUUUAUGAGAAUAGUCAGGAUCUGGUGAGACGGCUUGCUCAAAAUACUAACGAGCGAUUUAAUUGCCAUGAACACUUGUCGGUCGCAACUUUUCAUAUGUUGGUGGAAACUAUGAUGGGGAUAAGAAGAAAAAAGGUUGAAGACAUCAGUUUUAAUUAUGCAACGGCCGUGAUGAAACUGAACGAGAUUGUGCAUAAACGACAGAUCGACAUGUCAUUACAAUCAGAUCUGUUGUUCCGUUUUUCGAAACUCGCAAAGCUGCAGGAAAAGCUGCUCCACACCGCCCACUCAGCAACGAGGUUAGUGAUACAAGAGAAAUGGAAGGAUAUCGAAGAAAAGCAGCUUAAAAAUACACAUCAAAUUGAAACUGAAAAUUUAACCGAGGACGCAGAAAACGGCAUCAACACGAUCAAUUACAAGAUGCAUUAUACGAGAGAUGAUCUGGACGAUUUCGAGAAUGUAGAUGUGAGCGAGAAAAAGCCACUGCCUCUUUUAGAGAUGUUGAUGGACAUGAAAAAGAACGGACAAAUCACCGACAAGGAGAUUUUUGAUUUUGUCAACUCGGCCUUGUUCGCGGGUUACGACCCCAUAUCAACUACUUCGAGUUUCGUGCUUUGUAUAUUGGGAUGUCUUCCGGAAAUCCAGGCACGUGUGCAUGACGAAUUGGACUCAAUAUUUCAUGACAGCGACAGGGAGUGUACUUUCCAAGACACGAUAAAUAUGAAGUAUCUGGAUAGAGUUAUUCUGGAAGCAUUGAGGCUCUUUCCUAUAGGACCACUAUUCGCUAGGAAGCUUAAUAAGGAUGUAAGAAUAGUUACAGGGAAUUAC